CGAAGCAAAUACGACGAAUUGGAAAGUGUUGAAGAGCAGAGCACGCAUCUUAAAGAUAACGACAUGCCCAAAUAGAUGUUGUUCAUGGAGAAAAUACCCACCACACCACAUCUUAUUCAACCUCCCUCCCACCUCUCUCUUCUGAAUAAGUAAAUUAAUUACUCCAUCCAUUUCUGUUUAUCUUGCCAUAUGUAAAUCGGUUACCAAUUUGUUUCGGAUUUACCCCCUUUUUUUAGGAGGAUUAUUGAUUGGGUUUAUAGAUCAAAUGAGUAUGAUGGUGAUGGAGGGUAUGAUGGAAAAGGGUGUAUUAGAAGAUAUAAUUAAGAGGUUAUUGGAAGGUAGAGGAGGUAAACAGGUUCAGCUAUCUGAGGUAGAGAUCCGUCAGCUGUGUGUCAACGCUAGACAAAUCUUCCUUUCUCAGCCUAAUCUUCUUCACCUCCAUGCUCCAAUCAGGAUCUGUGGUGAUAUACAUGGACAAUACCAAGACUUAUUGAGGCUUUUCGAGUAUGGUGGCUACCCCCCUUCUCAAAACUACCUCUUUCUCGGUGAUUAUGUUGAUCGAGGCAGGCAAAGUUUGGAGACUAUAUGUUUAUUGCUUGCGUACAAGAUAAGGUAUCCGGAUAAAGUGUUCCUCUUGAGGGGAAACCAUGAAGAUGCUAAAAUCAACCGCAUAUAUGGGUUUUAUGACGAAUGUAAAAGGAGAUUUAAUGUCCGUCUUUGGAAGAUAUUCACAGAUUGCUUCAACUCUUUGCCGGUUGCUGCACUAGUUGAUGAAAAGAUCCUUUGUAUGCAUGGUGGUCUUUCCCCAGAGCUCGAGAAUUUGAAUCAAAUACAGGAAAUUGAGAGACCAACUGAGAUCCCGGAUAAUGGGCUUUUAUGUGAUUUAUUGUGGUCUGAUCCUGAUCCGACCAUAGAGGGUUGGUCGGAUAGUGAUCGUGGCGUUUCGUGUACUUUUGGAGCUGAUAAAGUUGUUGAAUUUCUUGGAAAGAAUGAUCUUGAUCUUAUUUGCAGAGGUCAUCAGGUGGUAGAGGACGGGUACGAGUUUUUCGCUAAACGAAGACUCGUGACGAUAUUUUCAGCACCAAACUACGGAGGAGAGUUUGACAAUGUGGGUGCCCUAUUGAGCGUAGACAAAUCCCUUGUGUGUUCUUUCGAGAUCUUGAAGCCACUUGAUUAUGCCGAAAAGCCAGGAACUUCAAGGUUGCCUCUGAAAAAGCCACCGAAAACUAGAACGGCCUGACACAGAAUCUUGAAGUUCCAAAGGUGAAAUCUUGAAAAGCUUGAAGUCUGUAAGAUGAGCAAUCUGAUGGCAAUAUACACUGUAGUUGGAUGGAUGCAAUUAAACACCAUUUCCAGUUGGUUGUUUUUAUUGGAAAAUAUAGAUUGAGGAUGAGCCAUUGUUGAAGGUUUUGGUGUUUGUAUAUUGAUUGUAAGAUGUGUUUUUCUUUGGAGAGAGUAUGGAGUGUGUGUUGUUGGUAUGUUGGAGAUUUAACUUUUCGACAUAGAAAUCGAAGCUGAAAGUGUACGCUCGUUGCUGUGUCGUGUUCUUGGAUGUAACGAUGAAAACAUGGAGAUUGAUGGUUUGGCGUUUUUUCA